CACACACACACUGCCGCUCUGAGGUUUCUUUCCUACAACAAAACACUGCAGCUCAGUGUGUGACGUCACGUGUGUUACUGCAGCGAACACAGUUACACACCGACCCUCUUAAUCACGGCGUUUCACAGAUACGAUGAGGAUGAUGAUGAGGAAGAGGAGGAGGAGGAGGAGGAUGAUAUCACUCUGUCAUCCUUUCUUCUGUAAAGAGCAGCUGCAUAAGCACAAGCAUCUGUACAACCGCGUAUGAAUUAUUAAUAACGAUCACUCAUAAUGAUGCGCCCGGUGUGUUUGCUGUGUAGUAGAUGGUAUUUUGUGUGAUGUGACAAUUUCAGUUUUUCUGUUACUUCCAUUAUUUUUAAAUAAAAAAUACAGUGACUUUUUCCUGCCACCUGUGUCCCUUAUAUUUCCACGCGAACCCAGUCCCACAUAAUAUAAUCUAAUAUAAUCUGAAAAAGGACCACGUGAACCGCGCGGUCCAGGUCUCCAAUGAGAAGCGACGUCGCGUGCAGCGGUCCGGGGGAUGCGCUCCCCCCACGCCGACAGAGGACUCCGCUGGAUCCUCCAGGUCUCCGCGGACACGGACGUUUUCCACACAGGCUACACAACAAAGCCAAAGGCGCCCCCCCGCCCCCCUUCCCCUGCCCCCCCCCUCUCUCUCCAUCUCUCUGUGUCUCUGCAGAUCGCGCGUGGGGGUCCCCCGGUCCACGGCUGCCGCAGACAGUCGGAGAUCCGCUUCUUCGCCGCACAAACAAGUGACACACGUGCCACAUUAAUAAGGGUGUGCGCGCUCCCGACAGAACUUUGCACGGAGCUGCGAGGGACACGAGCACUCAAGUGGUGAAAAGUGGCACGAGGAAUUAAAGAGCGACCGCAGUGGAAUCGGGCGCGAUGGGACGAGAGCCUCGCGCUGCUGCUGAUGCUGCGGGUCCGAAGCGCGCAGAGUCGCCAUGGAUGGAUGAAGAGACGCCGAACAAAACGACGUCGUUGAUGGUGGAGGGACGAUAAUGACGCAAUAUUGAUAAAGGGAGCACAAAAAUAAAGGGACACCGAUGAAGGGACGAUAAUAAAUUAUACGAACGGGAUAUUAAAAUUAUCAUUGAAAAUAAUAAGCCUUAGGGACAUUGAUGAAGGGACCCCGCGGCUUCGCACCAUGAAGUCUCUCUUCUACAGUCGCUUCUUCAUCCUGCUGCCCUGGGCUCUGAUCGUCAUCAUCGUGAUCGACAUCGACACCAAGAGGACGUCCGUACGCGACGCGCGGCACGUGCCGCCGCCCCGCGAGGGGGGCGCGCAGGGCUCCCGCCGCACCGCUCGGACCGCGGCCAACCGGACCGCCCUGCCGGUCAUCUACGCCGUCACCCCCACGUACACGCGCGCCGUGCAAAAGGCGGAGCUCACGCGCCUGUCCAACACCUUCCGCCAGGUGCCCGACUUCCACUGGAUCGUGGUGGAAGACGCGGGCGCGCGCACGGAGCUCGUGUCCCGCCUGCUGGCGCGCUCCGGCGUGCUGCACACGCACCUGCACGCGCUCACGCCGCGCAGGUACAAGCGCAGCGGCAUGCCUCGCGCCACCGAGCAGAGGAACGCGGCGCUAGGCUGGCUGCGCGCGCACCGCUCGCGGAGGACCCGCGGUGUGGUCUUCUUCGCCGACGACGACAACACGUACAGCCUGGAGCUCUUCGAGGAGAUGCGGUCCACUCGGCGCGUGUCAGUGUGGCCCGUGGGGCUGGUGGGCGGGCGACGGUACGAGCGCCCCCUGGUGGAGAAGGGCAGAGUGGUGGGCUGGUACACUGGCUGGAGGGCGGACCGACCCUUCGCCAUCGACAUGGCAGGCUUCGCCGUGAACCUCCAGGUAAUCCUGGCCAAUCCCAGAGCCGUCUUCAAGCGCAGGGGCUCCCAGCCGGGGAUGCAGGAGUCCGACUUUCUCAAGCAGAUCACCAGGGUGGAGGAACUCGAACCCAAGGCAGGGAACUGCACCCAGGUCCUGGUGUGGCACACCCGCACGGAGAAAGUGAACCUGGGCAAUGAGCCGAAGCGCCGGCAGGACACAGUUCUGAUCGAGGUGUAAGAGGUGGGGCCUCAGGGCCCGAGGGGUCACUGCAGUCAUGCGUUCUGGGACGCGGCACAAACAGGCUUCUGGAUGCGGCCCAUCCGCCCCCUGUCCUGCCUCAGUUCCGCAGUCCGACUGGCCGGCGGGGGCCCCCGCCCCGCAGCAUGGUGGAGCUGCAUCCUGUCUGGGAGUCUGCCCGCCCCAGGGUCCACCCCCCUCGUGGCAGCGCUGUGCAUCUCUGCACUUUCCAUAUUCAAGGGAACAAAGGGGAGAGAUGAACUCAAAGGUCCAACUGAAGAGGGACAGAAACCAAUUUACAUUAAAGGACUGAUGAGAGAAGGAGAACAACUCAGUUCCUGGCUGUUUUGCUAUGUGAUACCAACACACACACACACACACACACAGUUUCUUUGCAUGAAUAGUGGAAGCAAGAACAUUGAUCUGGAAGCAAACCUGAAAGCCGAGGUG